AAGACGGCUAUCUCUGCCUUGAGUGCCCGCUGGCCCCACCCGCUAAGAGCUCCCAUUGGCCAGCGGCCAGAACGCUCCCAUUGGCCAAGGGCCCGGCGGGCGGAGGCUCCCAUUGGCCAGGUGCUGCGGCUCGCUGCACUGCCUUCUGGGCGUUGUAGUCUCGGCGUCUCCAGCGCGGCCGCCAUUGUCCGGCGGGCAGCGAGUCGGGUGGUUUCAUCGGCUAAGGCGGCCUUCUGAUUUGGCAGUCGACUCGGACGUCCGUCCUCGACCCAUCGGUCCGGGAUGGACCCCGAAGAAGAAGCGGCAGCAGUGGUGAUGGCCACGGGGCCGCCGGAGGUCCGGCUUCAGGAGCCAGUGACUUUCCGGGAUGUGGCUGUGGACUUCACCCAGGAGGAGUGGGGGCAGCUGGACCCUACCCAGAGGACCCUCUACCGUGACGUGAUGCUAGAAACCUUUGGGCAUCUGCUCUCCAUAGGUCCUGAACUUCCCAAACCUGAAGUCAUCUCCCAGCUGGAACAAGGAGCUCAGCUGUGGGUGGCAGAGAGAGAAAUUACCCAGGGCCAUUGUCCAGUCUGGGAGCCUAGACGAGAAGGCCAAGCAUCACCCAAGGAGCAGGUACUUUUGGAAGAGGAGCCAGCCCAUGUGAUGGAAAGGGAGGGAUUCCUUAGAGAUACUCCUUGUCCUUCCAUGUUAGGGGAAAACUGGGAGUCUGAAGGCCAGGACCAGGCACUCAGGAAGGACCAGAAUAACUGGGAGCAGUUGGAAUUUGGCCUCAAGGAAGCACCAAUUCAAGAUGAAGGCUGUGAAACUCUCAGACUUGGGGAAAACUGUGUCCUGAGUUCAAACCCAAAUCUAUUCCCAGAGAUUUCUAGGAAAGACUAUUUCUGUACUUAUGACUCACAGGUUACAAACUCGAAACAUAAUUCAAGCUUAGUCGAUCAGCAAACAACGUCCCCAGGAAAACAGCUGUGUGAAAACAGUGACUGCCUCAAAGCUUCCAGUCAGGCUGAUCCAGUUAUAGAACUUGCAAGAAACCAGGUGCAGGACAAACCCUACAAAUGUACUGACUGUGGGAAGUCAUUUAACCAUAAUGCACACCUCACAGUGCACAAGAGGAUUCAUACAGGAGAGAGACCUUAUAUGUGCAAAGAAUGUGGGAAAGCCUUCAGCCAGAACUCCUCCCUUGUUCAACAUGAGCGAAUCCACACAGGAGACAAGCCAUAUAAAUGUGCUGAAUGUGGGAAAUCUUUCUGCCAUAGUACACACCUUACUGUGCACCGGAGGAUUCACACAGGGGAGAAACCCUACGAGUGUCAGGACUGUGGGAGGGCCUUCAACCAGAAUUCAUCCCUGGGUCGGCACAAGAGGACACAUACUGGAGAGAAGCCGUACACCUGCAGUGUGUGUGGGAAAUCCUUCUCUCGGACCACUUGCCUUUUCCUGCACCUGAGAACUCACACUGAGGAGAGGCCCUAUGAGUGUAACCACUGUGGGAAGGGCUUCAGGCACAGCUCAUCCCUGGCCCAGCAUCAGCGAAAACAUGCUGGGGAGAAGCCCUUUGAGUGCCGCCAAAGGCUGAUCUUUGAGCAGACACCAGCUUUGAUGAAGCAUGAGUGGGCGGAAGCCCUUGGCUGCGACCCACCUUUGAAUCAAGAUGAGAGGACUCACCAGAGCGACAGGCCCUUUAAAUGUAAUCAGUGUGGGAAGUGUUUCAUUCAGAGCUCUCACCUCAUCCGACACCAGAUAACUCACACCAGAGAGGAGGAGCCCCGUGGGCGUAACCGACAGCGUGAACAAUCCUUUGCCCGGAGCUCACACCUUGGAGCACACCUUGUCCGGCAUCAGCACUUGAAUUCGAGGGAGAACUCUGCAGGUGGGGCAAAGGCAAGACAGUCAGAAAACAGGGCUCUGGCCUUGUUUGACAUCCACGAAAUCAUGCAAGAGAAAAACCCCAUGCAUGUUAUUGGGGUGGAAGAGCCUUCUGUGGGUGCUUCCAUGUUAUUUGACGUCAGAGAAUCCACAUAGGAGACAAACUCUGCAGAUGACUUUUAACCACAGGUACAAAAAUGUGGUAAGUCCACAUGGUGGAAUCAUGGAAAGAGAGGCUAG